AUGAGGAGAGAUUAUCCCAAGCUUCAUAUGGGUGUACCUCAGCAGGGUGCCCAGGCUAUGAUUCUUGCGCCAGAUCCUACACCACCUGCACAACCAGCUAUAGCAUUCUUAGGCCACAUGGUGUCUAGUGGGGGGAUCAAAGUGGAUCCGAAGAAGAUUGAGGCAGUUCAGAGUUGGUCCAAACCUUCUACAUCCACGAGGAUCAGGCCUUUUCUAAGUUUGGUUGGUUACUAUCAUCGCUUCGUGGAGGGCUUCUCGUCUAUUCCAGCUUCGUUGACCAAGUUGACUCAGAAUGGCGCUCCGUUCAGAGGGUCUGACAACUGUGGAGAGGCCUUUAGCUAUGGAUGUCAGGCAUUGGCCAAUAGAUUAAUGAGAUUAGAUAUUUAUGAGCCGAGUAGAGUUCUUUCUUGUGUUGUUUCACAAUCGUCCUUAUUUGAGCGCAUUAAGGCUUACUGGUAUGAUGAUCCCCAUUUGCUUGUCCUUAAGGACACGGUGCAGAAAGGUAGUGCUAAGGAGGCGAGUAUUGGUGAUGAUGGUGUAUUGCGACUUCAGGGUCGAUGUGAGUUGGGAAUGCAGGCUGAGUUGAGUACUACAUUUCACCCUCAGACGGAAAGGCAGUCUGAGUGGACCAUUCAGAUCCUUAAGGAUAUGUUAAGGUCAUGCACCAUUGAUUUCGGGGGUCAGUGGGACCAGUUUCUACCAUUAGCAAAGAAGGUUUGUGAUGUGGCUUUCAUGGAGGGUGAGGAGGUUCUUCUUAGAGAUUCCCUUAUGAAAGGCAUGAUAAGGUUUGGAAAGAAGGAAAAAUUAAGCCCGAGGUUUAUUGGUCAUUUUGAGGUGUUGAAGAGAGUUGGUGAGGUUGCUUAUAGACUCGUUUUGCCUCCUAGUCUUUCGGGAGUUCAUUUGGUGUUUCAUGUUUCUAUGCUUCAGAAUUACCAUAAAGAUAAGUCACAUGUUUUGAACUUUAUCAUAGUACAGUUGGAUGAGAAUUUAGUUUAUGAGGAAGAGCAGGUGGCCAUUUUGGAUAGGCAGGUUCGGAAGCUCAAGUCUAAGGAGAUCGUAUCAGUGAAGGUUUGGUGGAGAGGUCAAACGGUCGAGGAAGAGACUUGA